AUGGACUCGAUGGAAGAACACUGCAGCGCCCGGCUGGCCCGAACGUCCUACCAGUCCCUGGGGUCCCCGCGCGAGGCCGCGCCGCGCCGCGCAGACCCGCCCCCGGCCGGCCCGCAUCACGGCUCCGCGGCCUGCGCGGCGAAGCCCGCUCACCUCGCCUCGCGGCCGCCAUCUUGCCCCGCCCCCUCCCGCCGACUCCGCCGCGAUCCCGGCAGCCUCUCGGCUUCGCGCUCUUCGCUGCUCUUCGGCCAUUUUCGCUUCUGUUCCCGAAGGAGCCCGACCGAGCCGCGGUACAAGGAGUUGACAGCCGAACCGGGGCCGAGGCCCGAGGAGUCUGUCCGGCAGUGCUCGGGCACUUUCGGACAGGAGGCGGUGAAGCGCCGAGCCUCGGGAGGAUUCGGACUCGGGAAUAUUCGGCCGAGCUCGGCUCAGCCUCGGGGGUGGGGGCGGCGGGGCUCGGGCCCGGCUCGCGGCGGGGCCGGCCAAUCCUCCGGCACAGGCUUUUUUUCCCGCCGAGGCCAAGCUGUGUCUGAGGACGGCAAGUGCCAGCCCCGGUCGACCCAGUCGGGCGGAGGCGGCAACGUCCUCAGCCCUGUAGGCCCUGAGGGAGGCCGGAGCGGAGCCGCUCGGAAACUCUCGUGUGGUCUCGGACUAACUCGGGUUUUCGAUUCGGAGAGCUUCGGCUCUCUUCGGUGGCGGCGCCUUGGCCGUCGGCUCCACUGGGCCGCUUCGUGGCGGUUCGGCCCUUGUUCCGGCUGGGCGCUUCGGGCGGGCUCGUCUGGCCUCGGCAGGUGUACUCGGGCGGCCUCGGCUCGGCCGGGCGAUUGUCUUCGGGAAGACUCGGCUCGACUCGGAAGUCACUUCGCGCGGCCUCGGCUCCGCUCGGCCGGGCUCGGCGUGCGCUUUCCAGGGGGCGAGACGGAGGAGCCGGUGCUCAGCAGGGACGAGGACUCGGAGGAGGACGGUGACUCUGAGGCGGAGCGAGAGACGCAGCGCGUGACGGCCGUGGCGGUGAUGGCGGCUGAGCCCGGGCACAUGGACAUGGGCACCGACGCCCUGCCUGGCCCCGAUGAGGCCGCCGCAGCUGCCGCCUUCGCAGAGGUGACCACGGUGACGGUGGCCAAUGUGGGUGCUUCUGCAGACAAUGUCUUCACUACGUCAGUGGCCAAUGCAGCGUCCAUCUCAGGACACAUGCUGUCAGGCAGGACAGCCCUUCAGAUCGGGGACAGUCUCAGCACCGAGAAGGCCACUCUGAUCGUCGUCCACACCGACGGGAGCAUCGUGGAGACCACCGGCCUGAAGGGACCCUCGGCGCCUCUGACCCCGGGCCCUCAGUCUCCUCCACCCCCUGUAGCCCCCGGCCCAGAGAAAGGUGGGACCAAGUAUAACUGGGACCCCUCGGUCUACGACAGCGAGCUCCCGGUGCGCUGCCGGAACAUCAGCGGUACGCUCUACAAGAACAGGCUUGGCUCAGGGGGUCGGGGGCGUUGCAUCAAGCAGGGCGAGAACUGGUACAGCCCCACGGAGUUUGAAGCCAUGGCCGGGAGAGCCAGCAGUAAAGACUGGAAAAGGAGCAUCCGCUAUGCAGGCCGCCCGCUGCAGUGCCUGAUCCAGGACGGGAUCUUGAACCCUCAUGCUGCCUCCUGCACCUGCGCUGCCUGCUGCGAUGACAUGAGCCUAAGCGGACCCGUCAGGCUCUUUGUACCGUACAAACGGCGUAGGAGGGAGAACGAGCUGCCCACAGCGCAGGUCAAGAAGGAGUCUCCCAAAAACAUCACCCUGCUCCCAGCCACGGCCGCCACCACCUUCACGGUGACCCCCUCAGGACAGAUCACAUCCUCUGGCGCACUGACCUUUGACCGGACGUCCACUGUGGAGGCCACAGCCGUCAUCUCGGAGAGCCCUGCCCAGGGCGAUGUCUUCGCUGGGGCCACAGGCGAGUGGUCCACCCGCAUGAGGGCCGUGCAGUCCUGUGUCAACUGCGGCCGGGAGGCCCUGAGCGAGUGCACAGGCUGCCACAAGGUCAACUACUGCUCCAUCUUCUGUCAGCGCAAGGACUGGAAAGAGCACCAGCAUGUGUGUGGCCAGUCAGCAGCGGUCACCGUCCAGGGAGACGAGGUCCAUGUGGAUGAGGGUGUCAUUGAGAAAGUCUCCGUGUGAGGGCGGAGGCACCCCCUUGGGGGGGUGGCUGUGAAAACCUGCUGGCGGAGCAAAGGACACUCAGUGGACCUGCCCUCGGACACGCGUCUCCUGGACUUGGAUAGCUGGUCGUCGCCAUGUGGACAGAAGAGGACACUGAGCGGACAGCGGUGGGGGCCGGUGGGGACACAGAGGGGUGGCAAAGCCCAUCCCCUCACGGUGCUCUCCCCACCGUGUACACACACAAGUGUCCUCAAUAAAGUGAGGCCCUGCCCAGUCAGGGUCCCCUUGG